CGCUAAACAGCCUUUCCUCCUCUUCACUCAUGCGCCGCUUACGAGAACAAAAAUGGCGUUUCUCCACACUAACCCCCAAACAAUCUCCAACACGCACCCUAUGCUCCAUCUCCUCCCACUCCAAUCCCGAUAAAAUCCUCAUCGACGCCAUCUCCUCAUCACUCCAAAACAACGACACCUGGCACACACUCACCACCAAAUUCCCCACCCUCAACCUCCCCACCUCCCUCAUCAACACAAUCCUCCUCCGCUUCAACCGCCCCGAAACCGCCAAACGCGCCCUAACCUUCUUCCACUGGUCCUCCCACACUCGCAACCUCCGCCACGUCACCUCCUCCUACGCCCUCACCAUCCACAUCCUCGUCAAGGCUCGGUUACUCAUCGACGCUCGCGCUCUCAUCGAAUCUUCUCUCUUAAACUCAACUCGCGACUCCGAUCUACUCGAUUCGUUGCUGGACACUUACGACGUCGCCUCCUCGACUCCGUUAGUCUUCGAUCUACUCGUUCAAGGCUACGCUAAGGCUAGAUUACUCGAAUCUGGACUCGACGUCUUCACGAACCUAACGGAUCGUGGAUUCUCUCUAAGUGUAAUCACUCUCAAUACGUUGAUCCACGUAUCCGUUAGAUCUAAUCGGAUCGAUCUCGUUUGGAGAAUCUACGAAGUAGCGAUUAACAAGAGGCUGUACCCGAACGAGGCCACGAUUCGGAUUAUGAUCAGUGCGUUGUGUAAAGAAGGGAAGUUAAAAGAGAUUUUAAGUUUGUUAGAUAAGAUUCAUAGUGAGAGAUGUUCUCCAUUAGUGAUUGUUAACACUAGUUUGAUUCUUAGGGUUUUAGAUGAGGAUAGGAUCGAUGAUGGGAUGAGUUUGUUGAAGAGGUUGUUACAGAAGAAUAUGGUUUUGGAUGUGAUUGGAUACUCUCUCGUUGUUUACGCGAGGACGAAGGAAGGCGAUUUGGUUAAUGCGCGGAAGGUGUUCGAUGAAAUGCUUAAGAGAGGGUUUUUAGCGAAUGCGUUUGUUUACACGGCGUUUGUCAAAGUGUAUUGCGAGAUUGGUGGUGUUGACGAGGCGGAGAAGUUGUUCGGUGAGAUGAUUGAUCCGUAUGAAGAGACUUUUAACUCUCUGGUCGUUGGAUGUUCGAGGUUUGGAAGAGAAGGAGAGAGUUUGAAGUAUUGUGAGACGAUGGCGGCGAGAGGAUUUGUUCCUAGCUGUUGGGUGUUCAAUGAGAUGGUUGAGAGAGUGAGCGAGGUUGAGAAUUUGAAACGUGCGAACGGAAUUUUAACGAAGUUGAUUGAGAGAGGGUUUGUGCCUGAUGAACGUACGUACUCUCAUCUGAUUCGAGGGUUUGUUGAAGGGAAUGAUAUCGAAGAAGCUCUCAAGAUGUUUUACGAGAUGGAAUUUCGGAAUAUCUCGCCGGGUUUCGAGGUGUUUAGGUUUUUGAUAGUGGGGCUUUGCUCUUCUGGUAAAGUGGAAGUUGGAGAGAAGUAUGUUAGGAUUAUGAAGAGGAGGCUGAUGCAGCCUAAUGCUGAGAUAUAUGAGGCGUUGAUUAAGGCAUUCCGAAAAAGAGACGAUAAAACGAGUGCGGAUAGGGUUUAUGAUGAAAUGAUGUCAAUGAGAUGAUUCAAACUGGGUGGUUAAGCUUGUUUGUAGCUUCAUUUCAAAUUUUCAAGUUUUGAUUGUUACACACAUAGAUAUAGCUGUUAAACAUAAUAUGUGAAGAAGAAAUCGUCAUCAUAAUCUAUUUGUUGCUGGUCGUUCUUGUCUCGGUAGUAAGCGCAUCAGAGAUAGAAGCUAAAGCGCAAGUUGGCAUCAACAAACCUGGUAUAAGUUGGUAGAGUGCAAGUAUUACUCAGAGCCGGUCCUGAAGAAUUGGGGGUCCCAAUCUAUUUUUUUAUUACAAAAAUAUUAAUAUUUGUCCAAAAAAAUGUUUACAAAGAAUUUUUUUAGUUAUAG